AUGCCGGUCUUUGUACAUGAUUUUGCAACAGGACGCACGGCCUCGGGCGUACCUUUUCUGUCUUCAACCAAUACUUCUCUCAUCACGGCCCUGCCCGUUGUGGGCUCGCUGUUGGGCGUUCCUUUGGCUGCCUUUGGUGCUGAUCGCUACGGUCGGAAAACGAUGCUCCUGGUUGCUUGCGCUAUUUGUCUGGUUGCCUCUGCGAUGCAGACUGCCGCAAAUGGCAUCCCUCUUCUGGUUGUCGGUCGGCUCGUGAAUUAUAUAUCCAUCAUGACAUUCAUGACCCUGGCUACCGCCUGGAUUCCGGAAAUUGCACCCCAGGAGAUCCGCGGCACUCUAGCCAGUCUGUCGAUCUUCGUCAUCAAUCUCGCGGCGAUAGUGACCUCCUGUAUCAACUACGGGGCCGAGAAACUGACCACAAGCGCCUCAUACCGUAUUCCCAUCGGGUUACAACUUGUAUGGCCGCUAAUCAUCGGCUGUGGGCUGUUCUUCCUCAAAGAUGCGCCCACAUUCUUCUUGAUUAAGGGCCAGGACGAGAAGGCAGAGAGCUCUCUCCGCCGGAUUCGUCGCGGCUACUCAGAGGCCGAAAUCGAGUCUGAGCUGCGAGCGCUGAAGGCCCAGAAAGCCCUGAGACAGGAAGAGAUCGAAGUCCCCUUCUCCGAGCUCUUCAAGGGUGUGAAUCUCCGCCGCACGCUUCUAGCCAUGUCUGUUCCAAAUCUUCAACAGUUAUCUGGUAUCGCGUUUGCGACCAACUACGCUACCAUCUUCCUUCAGCAGGUGGCCCCGGGAGAGGACCCGUUCGUUCUCGUCAUUGCCCUGAACAUCCUUUCAUUUGCCGGUGCUAUCGUCGGAAUGGUUCUUGUUGACCGUGUUGGCCGUCGGCCGUUGGCUCUCACGACCUUCACCAUCCUGCUCAUCAUCAAUACUGUAGUCGGGGGCUUGGGAUUCGUCGACACGACCGCCCAUCCUGGCGCUGCAAAGGCACUUGCUGGCUUUUGCCUGAUGUUUGGGUUCUUUUACGCUGCGGGAUUUGGAGGCCUCACUUACGUGGUUGCUGCGGAGAUGCCAACUGCCCGCUUGAAGAACCGUACCAGCGGGUUGACGUUUCUGGCGCUUGCAGCAUUCAAUAUGGUUGUGACAUACGUACUGCCGUACAUUGCACAGUCUGACGGUGCCAACCUCCAAGCCAAGACAUACCUGAUAUUUGCUGGCUGGAUGCUUUUCUCAGUACUGAUCGUCUUCUUUUAUCUGCCUGAAACCAGAGGACGCUCUGCCGCAGAGCUUGACGAAAUGUUUGAGGCUAAGGUGCCCGCGAGGAAGUUUUCGAGCUACAUUUGCCAGAACGCUCGAGAGAACUUCUUUGAAGCGACUCAGGCCGAUGCGAAGAUACCACUCAGUGAUCAUGUGGAAGAGGCCAAGGCUUAG